AUGGCAACCAACAAGGAAGGAGGAAGCUACCCCAAAGUCGGAGGAGAUAGAAGAAAAAGGACCGUUUUCACCCCUGUCCAAAUCGAGCUUUUAAAGAAGGAGUUUGAAGAGAACCAGUAUCCCGGAUACGAGACCAGGGAGGCGCUGGCGAGGUGCAUCGGAGUCGAAGAAGAUCGUGUGCACAUCUGGUUUCAAAACAGAAGGGCCAGAACACCAAAGAGGAUAAGGAUCGGGAACCAUGCUGCAGCUCCUUAUAGCCACAGUGAGAGAACCAGUUUAAGAAGCAGCCUGGACAGCAGCCCAAGAAGCAGUCCAGCAAGCAGCCAAAAUAUUCAAAAUAUUCACACGCAACAAAAUUACCAGCCACACAACUUUCAUUAUGCUGAAAGCUAUAGAGAAGCAGGGUUGUGGCAGCCACCUCUCAACAACAUGCAACCGGGAGAGUAUGCCCCGCAACAGCAGAGCUCCCCGGAAUUGAACCCUGCUUAUUACCAGCAAGCUGCUUUUUGUGGAACUGGGCUUUAUGAGACUUCCCAGGCGAGCAACUGUCCAGUUCCAUAUUACGGUGCGGAGAUGGUGAGGCAGCCUCCACCAUCAGCUGGGAAGUUCUUCAUGGCAUCAAGCACUUAUACUCCCUGGUCUGCAACGGGGAAUUAUUCAGCUACAAAUCCUGUGCAAAUGCAGAAUGUUGGUGGAAGUGCUUCGGACUCUCAGUUUUUCUCUUUAAGUCAGGUUCCAGAUUAG